AUGUCGUGGAUACUGCAGACUAUAUUUAGCAGAACAAAUAAGGAUAUGGUGGGAUCUCAUUGCAGAAUGCAGACCAAGAACUACCAGCAUGUCCAAGCACUAGUUUUUGCUGUUAAUGAGAUCAAUGAGGACCCCCUGCUGCUAGCCAACAUAUCCUUGGGAUUCUGCAUAUAUGAUAAUACUUUUGAUUCAAGGAAGACCUAUGAGACAACUCUGGCUGUUUCCUCAACCCAGAACAGAAGGCUUCCAAAUUACAAGUGUGACAUGAAGGACAACUUGUUGGCUCUUAUAGGAGGAAUAGAUGCCGAAACAUCUGUUCAAAUUUCAAAUGUCUUACACAGCUACAAAAUCCCACAGCUAGUUUAUGGCUCAUUUGAUCACUUACUCAAGGAUAAACAAAGGUUUCCUUCCCUCUACCUGAUGGUGCCAGACAAUGUGUUUCAAUAUGUGGCGAUAGCACAGUUACUCUUGCAUUUUAUGUGGACGUGGGUUGGAAUCAUUGUUCCAGAUAAUGACAGCGGUCACAUGUUUGUGCAGACCUUGGUGCCGGUACUCAUUCAAAGCAGCAUUUGCAUUGAAUUCACAAAGGCAAUUCCAACCAUAACCAUGGAUUUCAAAGGCUUGGCUCUUAUGAAACUAGUUGAAUCAAUGAGUGGAACUCUCACAAAGGGGAAAGCGAAUGUGAUAGUUCUUUCUGGAGACUCCCAUUCCCUGUUUGGGUUUAGAUUACUGAUAGCUUCAUAUUUACGGUGGUCAAUGAAGCCCAUAGGAAAAGUUUGGAUUGCCUCAACUGAUUGUGAUAUCACCUCAAUAAAAACUCGGGAUAUCAUGGAUCUGCUGAGCUUCAAUGCAACCCUGUCCUUUGCAUCCCAGGCCAGUGAAAUUCUGGGAUUCAGGGAUUUUCUCCACACCUUGAGCCCUCAUCAUAUGUUUGCUGAUAUUUUCAUACGAGAUUUCUGGAAGGAGGCAUUUGCCUGUGUGUUUGGAAGGGCUGGCUCUGCAACACAACGGAAGCAAAAAUACUGCACUGGUGAGGAGGAGCUGGAUACCCUGCCUGGGUCUGUAUUUGAAAUGAGCAUGACUAGUCAAAGCUAUAACAUCUACACUGCCGUUUAUACCAUUGCACAAGCAUUCCAUUCUAUGUACACUUUGAGACUCAAAAGUACUUUGAGACUGCACAGAAGAUACCUGGAGCCUUGGAAUAUGCAGCCAUGGCAGACUGUUCCACAUUCUUUGUGCACUGAAAGAUGCCAUCAUGGAUACAGCAAGAUGCAACAAAAGGAACAGCCGGUUUGCUGCUAUGACUGUGUUCCUUGUCCCAAAGGGACAAUUUCUGAUGAAAUGGAUUCGGAGCAAUGUGUAAAGUGCACAGAUGAUCGAUACUCAAACGAGGAUCGGAAUAAAUGUCUUCCUAAGCUGAUAAGCUUCUUGUCCUAUCAAGAUCCUCUAGCAAUUGCUUUGGUUGCAUUAGCUGUUGCCUUUGCUUUCAUUACAGCUUGUGUGUUGUGGGUCUUUGUGAAGCACCACAACACACCUAUAGUGAAAGCCAACAACCGGGAUCUCACAUACAUACUUCUCAUCUCCCUUUUAUUGUGCUUCCUCAGCUCUCUGCUCUUUAUUGGCUAUCCUGGAAAAGUAACCUGCCUUCUCCAACAAAGUGCUUUUGGCACCAUCUUCUCUGUUUCGCUUUCUUGCAUCUUGGCAAAAACCAUCACUGUGGUUCUGGCUUUCAUGGCCACAAAGCCAGGAAACAGAAUGAGAAAAGGGGUGGGGAAACACCUGGCAAAAUCUGUGAUCAUUUCCUGCUCACUCAUACAAAUUUCUGUGUGUGCUGUGUGGUUGGGAAGCUCUCCCCCAUUCCCAGAGCUUGACAUGCAUUCACAAAGUGACCAGAUCAUAGUACAAUGUAACGAAGGAUCUGUCCUCCUGUUUUACACUGUCUUGGGUUAUAUGGGUAUUCUUUCACUCAUCAGUUUCAUUGUGGCAUUCCUAGCCAGGAGGCUGCCUGAUAGUUUCAAUGAAGCCAAGUUCAUCACCUUCAGUAUGUUGGUGUUUUGCAGUGUUUGGUUAUCUUUUGUUCCCACCUAUCUAUCCACCAAAGGGAAAUAUAUGGUGGCUGUAGAGAUCUUCUCUAUUUUAGCUUCUGGUCUUGGCUUACUGAGUUUCAUAUUUUUCCCUAAAUGUUAUAUCAUCAUUCUGCAACCCAACAAGAACACAAGGGAACUUCUAAUGCAGAAAAGAAAAAGUGCUGCGGUUUGA